AUGGCGGCAGAAGCUCCUGGUGAGGACUUGGUCAGCGAGGGGGCUAAAGACCCUUUCAAGGGGGAGCGUUACAGUCCACAGCCCUCGACGGGAGCAAACCGGCUGCUCUGUGACAGUGGCGGAGUUUUGAUGCUGGCAAACCGGGAAGAGGAACGCUCUGCCGGCGGCGCGCAGCCGGCGCUCCCGGGCCGGCGCACCGGGGAGGAGGCGCUCCCCGGCCGGCAUGCCGGAGGGCUUCUAUCCAGCCUGGUGGACUGGGAGCGGAGAGCUUGCAGGACUUUUGUCCUGUUUGCUGCAUCCAACGCGGCCAUCUGGUUGUCGGCCCGCGGCUGUUUGCGAGCGUACUGCCUGCUCGCCUUUGGGCUGCUUUUGAUGGUCGUCGUGGCGACGGUCAGGGACGUCAUCCCUUCCGCGAGCAAAGGAGACGAUCGCGUGAGCUGCGGCUUGUUGCCGAGCCGGGAGACGAUGGACCGAAAGUCGGGCUCGGAACUCCAAACGAGCGGUUCCAUGCGCCUGUUCCUGCAGGAGACGUCGGCUUUCAAGCGGCAGAACCCUGGCAAGUUCUGUUUACUGGCGUGCAGUUUCUGCACAUUCUUCGCCGUCCUCGGACGCUACAUUCCAGGGAUCGUCAUCUCCUACUUUCUCGUGUCGUCGGCAUUCCUGUGGCCCGUGCUGUCGUCUCCCGAGGCGUCCUUCUGGCUGAAGCCGCUUCUGCAGAAAGUGGACUUUGGCGUGGCGGCGUUGCUGCAGAAGAUAAAAGAGGAUCAUGAGAGAAGAAUCCUGAAGGCUGGGCUGGAGAAGGAGUCGGCAGAGUCGGACCUAUCGUCCAUGUUUCCCAAGCUGGACUCGGCGGCAUGUAAGGAGUUGUCAGUUUCGGACACGUCGGUGUCGGACGUGACGUGGACGGACAAUUUGAACCUGUCGGAGGAGACCACGCCGCAGACAGAGAACUCUGAAGACCUGGACAGAGAGGAAGUAUUCUCCGGGGGUCUCUACGACUUCCCCUCGGUGGACAACGGGGCAGCGACCAACGGCGAUGAUGACGAUGCCGCCGACGCCCUGGAGUUGGUCCAGUGCGCCGUCCGGGACGCCGUGGCUGCCGCCGUCCUGGAGCGGGCGGAAGCGGCCACGGGCUUCCGAUUCCCAAAGCCGAGCGAGGAGUCGGACGGCGAGGCCGACGACUUUGAGCUGCUGGACCAGGCCGAGCUUGACCAGCUGGGGGCGGAACUGGACCUCCCGGGAGGCGGCGGAAUCAAAGCCGGCACAGAAGAACGCGGCGACAAACCGCCCGGCUUCUUCGCCAAACUUCUCAGGCGUCACUGA